AUGCAUGCAGGUUUCCUGAAAACAAGUUCAAAAGAGAGCUCGCAGGGCAACUACGGGCUCAUGGACCUUGUGGCUGGGGUUCAUUGGCUGAGAGAAAAUUUGCCAGCUUUUGGUGGCGAUCCGAAUCGAAUAACUCUCAUGGGCCACGGCACUGGAGCUGCUCUUGCCAACUUUCUCGCUGUUUCUCCCAUGUCUAAAGGCUGCACUGCAGGCGAAGUGGAGAAGGAGGAGGAGGAGGAGGAGGAGGAGGAAGAAAAUACCGAGGCGGAGCGGAAGCACCUACGGGAAAUUCAUCGACAAAAAACUAGGAGGAAAACAACAACAAGAACAACGGGGGUACGGAAGCAAUGGGUACUGGUGCUAUUGUUGUUGUUACUGUUGGUCAACGAGAACACCGAGGCCAUCAAGUAUAGCUCGCGGACUGUGUUUACGCGCUACGGUAUGCUUCGAGGUAUCGUAACGAGAACACCGACAGACUCCACGGUCGAAAUCUACUUGGGGAUAGCUUACGCGGCGCCACCGGUCGGCUCAUUGAGAUUCAUGUCGCCCAUCACACCUUCGUCCUGGACCCCCAAGACCCGAGUCGCCGACGUACCAGCGCCCAUCUGUCCCCAGGUACUACCAAGACCCGAGCCCGACAUGCCAGCCGCUCAGCGCACCUAUCUCGCAAGGCUGUCGGCCCUCAUGGCCAACCAGAGCGAGGACUGCCUCUACCUGAAUCUGUACGUGCCCAGACCUCUGGCCCAACACCAACACCAGACUUCCGGUUCCUCGUCACCGGACCAACUGCCAGCCCUGCUGCUCAUACACGGCGACUCUUACUCUUGGGGAGCUGGAAACACACUGGACGGUACAGCCCUCGCAGCUUACGGGCAAAUCAUCGUCGUAACUAUCAACUUUCGCCUAGGUAUUUUAGGUUUCCUGAAAACAAGUUCAAAAGAGAGCUCGCAGGGCAACUACGGGCUCAUGGACCUUGUGGCUGGGGUUCAUUGGCUGAGAGAAAAUUUGCCAGCUUUUGGUGGCGAUCCGAAUCGAAUAACUCUCAUGGGCCACGGCACUGGAGCUGCUCUUGCCAACUUUCUCGCUGUUUCUCCCAUGUCUAAAGAAUUAAUAAAAAGAGUGGUCCUACUGGGUGGCUCGGCCCUGUCUCCUUGGGCGGUGCAGCGAGAGCCAGUCCAGGUGAAACGGCGCGUCGCCGAGCAGAUUGGUUGUCCCGGUGACGUGGAAACGGAGGAUAUAGCGCCGUGCCUUCGUCAGCGCAGCAUCGACGAACUAAUGGCAAUCAAGCUUGACAUACCGAGGUUUACUUCUGGCUUCGCGCCCUUUAGCGAUGGCGCCAUUCUCCCAUCUUUGACUAGCUCGGCUAGCCAGAACUUGCAGCCGACGGCCUCCACGGCGGGACUGAUGCCGGGCCCGGGCUCGGAGUUUGCCAACUUCGGGGACCACGACUUGUUGAUGGGACUUACGUCGGAUGAGGCUUGGCUAGAGCUGACCGAACAAGAUCUUCAGAAUGGCAUGAACGAAACUCGUCGCGAUCGGAUACUUCGUACUUACGUGCGCAACACGUACCGUUACCACCUGCACGAGAUCUACUCGACGCUACGCAACGAAUACACGGACUGGGAGCGGGGCGAGCCAAAUCCUCUGGCGAUAAGCGAGGGCCUACUGUCGCUGCUGGGCGACGGUCAGGUCUCGGCACCGCUUCUCAGGCUGGCCCUUUUGCACUCCAGCAACGGUGGCAGGGGCUACUUUCUCCACUUUCAGCCGGGCCCUCGGGAGCGUCCGAUCCGGAGAGCCGAGGAGUUGCCCUACCUCCUUGGGCUACCGUUGAUUCGGGGUGAGCUGGCCAUUGCUGCUCCGACCAAUUACAGCGCAGCUGACGAGAACCUCUCCAGACUCCUCGUUCACUAUCUCUCCAACUUUGUACACCGGGGGGACCCAAACGGCGCAACCAUGUCAACUCCAACGCCGUUCUGGGACUCGUACGACUCGAUCAAUCAGCUGUACUUGGAGGCCGGUCCGAGCCCGGAGAUGCGCUCGCACUACCGCGGUCACAAAAUGAGCACCUGGCUGAACCUGUUGCCACAGCUACAUAGACCGGGCUACGAGGUCAGCAUGCGCCACCACCAUUUGGCCGAGAGCCCUAGUCUAUACGAGGGCGCGGUCCGACCUCAGUCGAUGGCGAUGCCGAUACCCGCGCCACCCCUGCCACUGCCCUCACCCACCGAGCCCUCGAUAUCCAGCACGGCGACUACGUUCAGCAAAAGUGGCACCACGGCCACCGUCGUUCCCGCCACCGACUGCACGACCAACCUCAGUGGCAAUUUCCCGCUCGAGCCCCCAACCACUAUCCCGAGUAAUCUGGACCUUAAACCCGGGCCUGACAACAUCCUCCAAAAGAUUGCAUCGAAGCACUACCAAAGCCAUACUGCAGCCCUUACGGUAACAAUAGCCGUUGGUAUAUUCCUCCUGUUGCUCAACAUAUUGAUAUUUGCGAGGAUCUACCACCAGCGCGAUAAAAACGGUAGCUCGGCUGCUGGUAUCGACCCGGUGAGACACACGCAACGCAUGGCCGCCGGCAGUCUGGGCAUCCUGCAGGACAAGAAGAAGGAGGAGCUGCUGGAGAUCGCUUGCACGGGCGGGGUACUGCGCGAUUCAUUGGCGAGCUUGCAUGGGCCCAACAAGCGCUCGCUCUCGAGCUUCGUGCUGCAGGCAUCGGCCGGAGGAGCGACCGACUCAAACAGUGACAGCGGCAGUCCCGUGGCACCCGCGCCCCGCAAGGGCAAGUUCGUCGAGGAGCUCGAGCUCGGGCUCCACCAGCUCCAAGAGUACGAACGUGGCUCGUACUUUAGCCCGAGUCCCCAAAGAACCCACACGCCGUCCCCGUGUCUCGACGCGACGAUGGCCGUCGCGGGGGAAUGUCUGGAGGAUCUACCCGAGCCCCCGCCCCCACCAAAGUCGCCAGCACCAACGUCCUCGUUUGUCUGUCCGGGUAUUCUCAGGCAACCCGGUACACCCGGUUGCGCCAAAAAGAGGGUCCAAAUACAGGAGAUAUCGGUCUGAAUUCGUCUCGGAAUAUACUUUUUCACUGCCCUUACCUCACCGACCCCGAUCAACCCCUUGUUCAAUAUACAAAAUAAUAAUGAUGUGAUGAGAGCCUCGAUCAUUUUUUUAAGACCUUUUAGUGAGAUACUUAUACAUUGUAUAUUUUAAAACAUGAGCUAAAAUAAGUGGUAACGAUGACGUUGACGACGAUGAUGAUGAUGAUGAUGAUGAUGAUGAUAAUAAUAAUAAUACACAAAUGCCACAAAUCAUUAUAAAUUAUACGUAUGUUGUAUAAAUCUAUGAAAAAUAAUGAAAGUCAACUCGAGCGGUUAAAGUUUGGGUGGUCGAGAAAAAAAAUGGAUACAAAUCCCUUGUCCCGAUGCACGUAUACGUUGUUUAAACAUUUUGAAAACAUAAUGAUUAUGGGUGCGACCAGAUGAUGUAUGUUUUUGCGCGUAAAUAUACGCAAGGAAUUGAAUUUUCAUAGCUCAAAGGACAUAUUAUUGUAUCAAGUAUGUAUAGCUGCAUAGGUAAAGAGAGAAAUACAAAACAAACACACACAUUUAUGUAUAUAUAAAACCGAUGACGUUAGGAUCUUCGCAAGAGUCCUAUAUUUGAAGUGUAAAGUUCGAGGAUGACAAUUGAGUUAAAAUUUUUUUUUCUUCAAUUUUUUCUUGAAUUGUAUGGAAUGAGGAGCGGUUCUAAACAAUCAUGAACACGCAAUUGUACUAGAAAAGCUGUAUAAGGUAAAAAAAAAAAAAAAAAAAAAAAA